AUGGCUCUAGCAUAUCUUUGUCGGCAAUGGGAAAAGACUCAUCGCAGCGACGAUGUAGCCGUCACGGCGUUCGUGGUUGACCAUAAAGCGCGAGCUGAAAGCACGCGGGAAGCUGCUACGGUGACUGGCUGGCUUAAUGAGCUGGGUAUCAGAACCCAAGUUCUGGAACUCUCAUGGGGCCAGGGCACGCUGUCUCAACCCCCCGCCCAGGUAUCUGCUUUUGAGACGCAUGCUCGACGACUGCGGUUUCAAGCGCUUGGAACGGCGUGUAGAGACCAUGGAAUUGAGGCUCUGCUGAUGGGUCAUCAUCAAGACGAUAAUGUCGAGACCGUGCUCUGGAGACUCUGUUCCGGGGCUAGGGGUGCAGGGCUUGCUGGCAUACCGUCGGUGAAUCCUAUCCCAGAAUGCCACGGUCUUUUCGGAGUAGCUGAAAGUGGAGCAUCGGUUACUCUGCAAGGUCUACUCUCUCCAUCUCAACCAGGGACAAGCGAACAGUCCGAAUCAGCAGACGACAAGAGCUUUGCGUCUCGGCGUGUGCCUAUGUCCACAGGCGGGAUCUUCAUCUGCCGUCCACUUCUGUCUUUUCCCAAAGCCAGUCUCCUGACAACUUGUCAUGACAAUCACGUUCCAUAUGUCUCUGAUCCGACCAAUUUCGACCCCACUCUCACCCCUCGGAACGCCAUCCGGAGUCUCCUUUCUUCGAAUAGACUCCCGCGCGCCCUUCAGACGCCGUCGGUUCUGUCUCUGAUACAGAAAAGCCAAGAUCUCGUACGAGAUACUGCAGACCUCUCAAAAAAGCUUCUCCAGAAGUGCCAGAUACUAAAUAUGAACCUCGCGACUGGCACGACGACGGUUCAAUUCCCGUUGUCCUUAGGAGCUCUCAACCGCAAGCUAGACCAAAGCAAAAUCCAUCAACUCCAAUCCACGACCCUUCGACGCAUCACGGAUCUCCUCGCUCCAUUUCCCGAUAAUCACUUCCCUCUACGCAGCUACGAAGGCUUUACGUCCCUUGUCUUUCCUCCAUAUGCUGUCUCCACUCCAAAGAGACAGACAUUCACACUUGGGGGUGUGAUGUUCUCACCUGUCGAUCGCUCUAAGCAUGCACUAGCUGACAACAAGUCCCAUACUCCCGGAUCCUCAUCAACAGCUACUACUAACCAAACCGAUACCCACACCUGCAAUCCUAAUUCUACUAAUUUUAAGGACAUCCAAAACAACAACAUCUGGUUUCUUUCCCGCCAACCAUUCAUAAAAAACCGUCUGCCUACACACCAUCUCUGCCUUCCACUUCCACUUCCACUUCCAGUCUCAUCUCUAUCUCAAUCUCAAUCCUCACCCGCCAUCCGCGAUCAGACUCCCCUAAACACCAACAAAGACUCCCGUGAACCAGAAGACGGGGAAGAAACAAACCACACAAACCCCACCCCCUGGAUCCUCUGGGACAACCGCUACUGGAUACGCGUGUCCGUGUCAGCAAUACCACCCCAGACCGAAACCAUCGACACCCCUAUGCCAGAAACCCGGUCCAAAGCCACGGAAUACAACUACCAAGGGGGAGAGAACGUCAACCUCCCGCUCAUGAUUCGACCCUUACUUAAAUCCGAUAUUGAGUUUAUUCGUCAAAUUUCUUCUUCUCCCUCUCCUCCUUCUUCUAAUCCCUCCACGUCCCCAAACUCUAAUAUCAAGGACAUCAAGGAAAACAAACCGCUAGACCAGUUUCUCAAACGACUCGCAAAGGAAGCACCAGGACAGAGCCGAUUUACAUUACCGGUGGUAGUGAUCUCGAAGGAGUUUUUUGAAGGCCUGGAGAAGGAUAUACCGGUGGCGUUGCCGACGAUGGACCAGUGGGUUCCUGGGAUAGAGGAGAUGAUGAGGACUCGAUGUGCCAUGGAGGGGUUGAAGGUACAGUGGGAGUGGAUGUAUAAGAAGGUGGAUAUUGAGCCUCUGGAAUUGAUGGGUGGGUUGGUGGAGUUGGAGAAAGAAGACUCCGACUCCUUGAGCUAG